AUGGCACUGUUAUCGAAGUUUGCUGGAGCACACAAUGUGUCAGAUCUUAAUGUGAUAGAUCUAGUGACGAUCUCAGGAGUGCUGGUCAUUGUUUAUUUUGUCAGUCACGCCAUUUACAACAUUUACUUUCAUCCUCUGUCAAAGUUUCCGGGGCCUAAGCGUGCUGCCGUAUCACAUGUAUGGCUUAUGCGUAUUUUAACCUCAGGGACGUCCCCGAAAACUCACAAGGAGAUUCACGAUAAAUACGGCCCCGUCGUCCGAAUCUCCCCAAACCAGCUCUCAUUUAACUCUGCAAGCUCAUGGAAAGACAUCUAUGGCCAUGUAGGUGGAAGACAACAAUUCCUCAAGUCUGACGCCUAUCAGAACGAGUAUCAUCCCAGCAUUGUCUCUGCCCGGGACCCCGUUCAACAUGGACAGAUGCGCAAACUCCUCAGUCACGGAUUCUCACAGAAGGCGUUGAUGGAACAGGAGGAUAUCGUACAUGAAUAUGUUGACCUAUUAAUCAAGCAGAUUCAAACCCAUGCUACAAAUAAGCCACAGGGUGAAGAGAUGGUAAAGUGGUACAAUUAUAUCACUUUUGAUAUUAUUGGAGAUUUGGCUUUUGGUGAUCCUUUUGGUAGUUUGAAGAGUGCUGAACCUCAUUUCUGGGUUGAUUCUAUUUUCAAGAGUAUCGAAUUUCUUCCAUGGAUAACGGUAUUCAAGAGGGUCCCAAUCACCAAAUACAUCAAGCAGUACAUCACCCCGCCAGGUGCCGCCGAGGCAAGGAAGGCCCAUUUCCAGUACAGUCGAGACAAGAUCAUUAAACGUAUGAACAACAACACUCCUCGCAAGGAUUUCCUCACACGUAUCCUCGCCGCCAAGGAAGCCCAAGGCAUCUCAGUUGACGAGCUCCAAUCCCAUUCCAACGUCCUCAUUCUCGCUGGCUCUGAAACCACCGCAACCUUCCUCUCAGGAUUCACCUACUACCUCUGCAAGAACCCCAGCGCAUAUGCCAAACUCACCACCGAGAUCCGUGACGCCUUCCAGAACUAUGAAGACAUCGAUGGCAUCUCCACCGAGAAGCUCAAGUACCUCAACGCGGUCAUUGAUGAAACUCUUAGAAUCUACCCUCCAGUCCCAGUUGGUAUGCCGAGAGUCAGCCCUGGCGAGACCGUCGACGGAAUGUUCGUUCCCAAAGGAAUCGAGGUCUCUGUUUCAGCGUGGGCCUCUACGCACUCUGAAGCAAACUUCCACAAGCCAUAUGAGUUUAUCCCGGAGAGAUGGAUCGACCCCAGUUGCACCGAUAAGAAGGAGGCCAGUCAGCCUUUUAUGCUUGGCUCCCGUGUCUGCUUGGGCAGGAAUUUGGCACUCCUUGAGAUGCGUGCUAUCGUUGCUAAGAUGAUGUGGACUUACGAUAUGGAGUUGAAAAAUAAGGACCUGGACUGGGACCGUGACAACAUGUGCUACACACUCUGGAGAAAGCCUUCUCUGAUGGUAAAUUUCACCAGGAGAAGCGGUAUUGUGGUGCCUCCUUUGGACUGCUAA